AUCUGCCCAGCCUCCCGAGAAUAGCAAAGAAAACGCGGUGCGAUGGAAGGUAAGGUGCAGCUGAUGAAGGCCCUCCUGUCCAGGCACCGGUGGCCCCAGGCGCGUCGGUGGAGAAACCCGAUUCCCUUUCCCGAGACGUUCGACGGCGACACCGACCGGCUGCCGGAGUUCAUCGUGCAGACGGGCUCGUACAUGUUCGUGGACGAGACCGUGUUCUCCAACGACACCCUGAAGGUGACGUUCCUCAUCACCCGCCUCACGGGGCCAGCCCUGCAGUGGGUGAUCCCCUACAUCAAGAAGGAGAGCCCCCUCCUCCAUGAUUACCGGGGCUUCCUGGCCGAGAUGAAGCGCGUCUUUGGCUGGGAGGAGGAUGAAGAUUUCUAGGCCUUCCGGGACAUCCAGGGGCUGGGGGCGGUGCCCUGGGGAGGGUCUGUGCUCCCCUUCACUGCCCAAAUGGCGCUGUCCAUCCACCAUCCGCCGCCACCCUCCCUGCAGCUGCGCUUCCCAAAGCUCCUACCCCUCCCGCGUAGUGCUUGCCUUUGUUCCAGAAAUAGCGCUCCAGGUCCCCGCUGCUGCCUCUGAGCCUGUCUCCAGAGCGCGCCGCCGCCCUCUCGGACCAUCCUAGCCCUUCCCCUGCACAUUGGGACUCUAGUUCUGCGCUCAGCUGCAAACCGGACUCCCGGUACACAGUGGACAGACCACUCACGGCCCUGGCAUCCGCCCCCAUGCCAGACGACCAGGCCUGCAUCCAUCUGCCCAGAGACCCCCGCUGCUACCAUCCCCCUCAAUCCACCUACAGCCUGUGGCCCUUGGCCCUCAGGACUCACCUAGGACGGACCAGAGCUGGCCACAGCCGCUGGAUAAUGACUCAGACAGCUCACCGCCCCCCUGAAGGGACCAGUCUUUCCCCUUCAGUGGGCUGCAUCCCCUCCCCACUCUCUCAGACACCUGUUCUACUCCUGCCAGAUGGCCCCCAGGGCCCAGGUGUGCCUGGAAGCCAAAUCCAGUCACUUCUUUUCUCCUGUGGACCAGUUAGUUUUGCCCAGAAUCCAGUUCUCUUUUGUAUUUGCAGCUGUCUCUCAGGUGUGUGCCUUUCCUUCAAAAAGGUCACCCCUACCUUCUGCCCAGCUCCUCAACACUACCUGGACAAAAGUCUUUUUUUCUUUUUUUAAUUUUCAAUAAAUACCAGACACUAAUGAAAAAGAA